AUGGAUGGGAUACAGCUGUCUCAGCCGAGUUCAAAAUGUGCGACCUAUGCAACCCACCUUCACCCCCAAAGAAGGCGUUCAGGCGCGUUCUCAGCCUCGAUAAGGCAUUCGAUUGCCUUGCCGAGGAUGCCUUGUAGCCUGAAAGCUUCCGUUCGCAGAGCGCGCCCACGAUGUGGUGCUAAUUACCAGGCGCAUCUGCUAUCGCAUGCAUUUCUACGUCCAAAUUCCUGUCGCGAUUCCUACCCCGCCAUCUUGUUUUAUGCCUCGCGCGCACUCUAUCUCUGUCUCUCGUUGAACAUUCCCGUCCAGGCUUCAGCCCACCCCGCGAGUUUGCUCAACAUCAUCCUCUCACGAGCCGUUACAUACAGCAUCGACCCUCUCCGUAACUCGCGACCGACGUUACAAACUCUUGUCCAACGAUUGCCAACCCGGCACAGCCACUCGCCGCCCCGGAUCUCCGUCGCAGCGCAUCGCGCCCUUCGAUCCAUGUCGAGCAACGAUGUCCCAAUACUUGGGGAGCAGCUUGGUCGUAUGAAGUUGCAAUUCCAUGGCCAAGAUGGGACUGGAAGUGAGAGACCGCAUUAUAUACCUCGGUACCGUCUAGAGGCAUUUUGGGAGGCCCGCAACAUCGACGCGAUAUUGAGGGCUUAUUCCGUCAACAAACCUAAAGGUGUCAUAUUCCAGAGCUUCUUGUGCACUUUUUCCCUUCUCGUGUACAUCAACAAGGUCGACUUCCUUAGGUGGCUCGUCGAGCGCAAUAUAAAGGACGCUACGUUUCCCCUAGAAACCCAUCCCCCAUCCUGGCCCGAUACGCCACCGUAUCUCGAGCUUUUCGAAGCCAUCACCAAAUCGCAGUGGAUAUUCUUUCCCGUCACCUUUGAACAACACGAGCUUUACAAUCAAGUCUUCAGCCCUCAACACAUCUUUCCCAUUUGCACAGAGGAGCUCAUCAAGGCUGGUGACAUCAUCCAAGUCCACAAGAUUGAAACGAAUCCGUCUUGCGCAGGAUCCUUCCCGGCUACUUACGUCCGCAAGACUUACAAUGAAUUCGGCAAAGCGCAGUACAAAAGAGAAGUAAAAACUUUCACCAGUCUGCAAAGCCGUUCCUCCCCCAACAUCAUCAGCUUUCAUGGUUGCUACCAACAAGAACGCCCAAACAACGCCAUUACAUACAAUCUGAUAUUGGGUUUCGUCGAGGGCGAAAACUUGGAAGAGUUUUAUACUACCAUGAGCCCACCGCCCUCACCGUCCGAAGCCAACAUGAUCUGGAAUGCCUUUUCUGGUGUUUUGGAGGGAUUGCAUCAUCUUCAUUUGGCUGCCAUCGACACUGGCUUCCAGACCAUUCAUCAGGACAUCAAACCUGAGAACCUUCUCGUGUCCAAACCCGCAUCAAGCCAGUCCUACGAUAUUGGGCUCGUCAUCAUAGACUUCGGAUAUAGCCACACCAAAGUCCUGACUACUGGCCAAGACGCGUGGGGUAUCGACUUGCACGGAGGCCAGGUCUACGGUGCCCCGGAGGCUAGCCACCAUGCCGACUACACGCGUCUCGGGCGAACUCCCAUCACUCCCAAAGUCGACAUUUGGUCCCUCGGAUGCGUCAUGAGCGAGGCUGCAAUAUGGAUCAAGUGUGGCUGGCAAGGCCUGGAAAAGUAUCGAAAAAACCGCGUCGCCGAAACGAGAACACUACCAAGGUUUAAUGAAGCUGGUCACGGUGGAUGUUUCCAUGACGGCGCUGAGACUCUCAGCACCGUGCGAAUCGCCCAUGACUGGAUUCGCAGAACUUUCCCAGACGACUUUGUUACACUCCAGGUGCUUGAUAUGAUCGAGAAGUUCAUGCUAGUCCCGCAAAGAGAUCGACAAGACGCCCAAAUGCUCUGCGAACGACUCGUCAAGAUCAUACAAGCCCCUUCCUCCACUGAUGCCUACAGCCCACCACCACCUAGCUCACCACCAGCCAGAUCGUCAUCAGUCAGGUCACCAUCAGUCAGGUCGUCAUCGGUCAGGUCGCCAUCAGUCAGAUCACCACCAGCCAGCUCACCACCUCGCAUUGAGACUCGUCCAACUUCUUUUGGUUAUCCCUGGACACCACCGACGGGGCAUCAAUCCCAGAAUACAACCACAAAUACAACCCCCGCCACACCCCAAUCCCCUAUCCCUACUUCGGCAACAGGAUACUUGACGCCCUUUUCGCCUAUGGUUGAAUUGCCUGGAAGUCAACCCAACGGAGUGCAUCAUCCUGAGUCCUUCCAAACCCCUACUCCUGCUCCACGCCCUGACUCACCACGACUCUUACCGUCGUCCCCUAUCCUGACCUUUGAUCAACUCAGGGAUUGGUACAACCAUGCCAAGAACAGACGCAGUCACGUCGACCCGAGGGUUGAAGAUGUCGUGCGCAAACUCGGGAACAACGUUAAGGGUCGUGACCACAUUUUUUUCGUGGAUGUUUCCCAAUCAAUGUACCAAUAUUUGCCCGAGAUCACGGAAACGUUCAAGCUUAUGGCCUAUCUGGCUAAAAGGUUCGAUCCCGACGGUGUCGAAGUUUGCUUCUCUUCUGAAGUGCCAUCGAUACACAAGGAAACCACUUCAAAACUUCUACCCAGGUUCAACGAACAAAAUUGGGACCAGAUCUCCUUCGAGGACAGAAUCAGCACAUUCAUAGAUCAAAUAGUGAUCCCACGACUAUCGUCCUGGCACCAGAAGCUUGGGCUGACGAAACCGAAAAACCUGACUAUCUUCGUCCUGACCGAUGGCCGAUGGGGCCAAGGCAGGGAGCGUGCCGCGGGCAUCGAGAAUCCUAUUCUGAAACUUAUCAAAGUGAUUCUCAAAAAGGGAUUGAGUCGUACACAGGUGGCGAUUCAGUUCUUGCGGUUUGGAGAUGAUCCAGAUGGCAAACGCUACUUGUCAUUUCUUGACCACUGUGGCACGAAAGACAACUGUGACUGUGUCGAUACAAAGCCUAUUGAUGGAAACAUUUUUGACAUGUUUAUCGGGCCCAUCAACCCUGAUAUUGAUAACGAUGGUGAAGGUGUACCCUAG